AUGGAAUCCCUGCUGGAAAGCUUGAAAGAGAGCAAGAAACCCGUUUCUCAAGAGGAGUGGUCGGCAUCCGAUGUAGCCGAUUCAUGGAACCAGUUCCUGGAGGCACUCGGCACCCUUCAAGCGGAAGGGGCGCUGCAAGAUGGUGGAGAUUCCGCUGUAGCAGUUAGUGGAGGUAAAAGUCCCAUAACGGCAAACUGGCUUCUUUCCGUCUGUGCCCAGGUACCAUCCGAAUUGGGACCCCAGAUCCUGGCUCAAGCCGUGGUAGAUGCCAGCCAUUUGCCAGAUGAAGCUCAACAGCAAUCGGCUUUAUUUGAUGCCCUGGGGAGUUCCGAAAAGGCCAUGGAGGUCCUGUUUAAUAUUGCUUCUCAUCUACCCGAAAUACGCAAGAACAUUGCAAAAGCAGAUCUUGCCACGGACCAACAACAAGCGGCCAAUGCCUUUGGCAGUGUCACUACCCUCGAUCCCGAAGAAGCACGACGACAACAGUUGCGACAAGAAGCACUCGAUGCAGCUCAUAUUGCUGCCAUUACCAAAGCUGAAGCCGAAGCUCUGGCGCCAAACGCAGGAUCGGGUGUCACACACACCGUCACUAGGGCCAGUUCGGUCCAAGCACAAAAGAAUGCGCAAAAGGCAGCCAAACGAGCCGCACAAGCCUUGAAAAAGGCACGAGAAGCAGGAGCCAUUGUCGAUGAAAACGACCUCAUGGUGAUUCAGGACGGUGCUCAAAUGAUGGGUUCUGGAGGAAUGAUGGGAAUGUCCCAAGACCAAGUCUGGGAUAUGCAACAAUCGUUACUGCCAGAGGGAUCACGGCAGUACUAUGACCAACAGGGAUUACCACAAGGGACAACUCGAGAGCACGAGGGAAAUCUAGAACGAGUCAUUAUCCCUCCAGCACGACGAGAUGAAGCCAAUCUACACCGACGCUUCAAAGUCAGAGACGUUAUGAAUCCAACAGAGGCCGUCGCCUUUGCUGGAACUGCAUCCCUCAAUCCAAUGCAAUCCACAACCUGUGAAAUUGCCUUUCAAACUCGGUUGAAUAUGCUAGUGUGUGCACCAACGGGAGCUGGUAAAACCAAUGUGGCCAUGCUGACUGUGGUGUCGCACCUGAGAGACGUUGGGCUGAUUGGACCAGACUACAAUGAAACUUCGGAUGCGGGCAAAAAGAUUGUCUACAUUGCACCAAUGAAGGCAUUGGCACAAGAAGUUGUGGAGAAGUUCUCGUCCAAGUUGAAGCCGCUGGGGUUGAUUGUGCGAGAAUUGACGGGAGAUAUGCAGUUGACACGUGCGGCAGCAGAGGCUGCCAACAUUCUCGUGACUACACCCGAAAAGUGGGAUGUUGUCACCCGCAAGUCGGGCACUGAUGAGAAUUCAUUAGGCAACAAAUGCGGCUUAUUGAUCAUUGAUGAGGUCCAUUUGCUAGCGGACGAGCGUGGUGCAGUGAUUGAGUCCAUUGUUUCUCGAUUCCAUCGGUUGGUCGAAAGCAGGCAACGGCAAGUGCGAAUCGUAGCUCUGUCGGCAACGCUCCCCAACUAUGCCGAUGUGGCAGAAUUUCUGCAAGUCCCAGAACGUGGUCUAUUCUACUUUGGCCCUGAGCACCGACCGGUUCCUCUAAGGCAACAAUUCAUUGGAGUGGUAGCAAAGACAAGAGACCGCAAUCUGAAGGAGGAAAAGCUCAAUGAUGUUUGCUACGAUGAAGUUCUCGAUGCCCUGAAAAGAGGGCACCAGGUCAUGGUGUUUGUGCACUCGAGAAAAGGCACUGGAGACACAGCCACAGCGUUGGGAGAUCGUGCGUCCAACGAAGGUGUAUUGGAGAAGUACUUUGUGACGCAAGGCAAAGAGGGGAGUCUUGGGGCGGCCAACAAACGUUUUGCGGACCGCGUCAAGAAGUCACGUAGUCGCGAACUCGGGAUCCACUUUGAGAAUGGCAUGGGAAUCCACCAUGCUGGGAUGUUGCGGGGUGACAGAAAGUUGACAGAGCAAAUGUUUGCAGAAGGGGCCAUUCGAGUGCUGUGUUGUACAGCCACCUUGGCCUGGGGAGUCAAUUUGCCGGUGCAUUCGGUAGUGAUCAAGGGCACUGAAGUUUACAAUCCCGAGAAGGGUGGUAUUGUCGACCUGAGUAUUUUGGAUGUGCAGCAAAUUUUUGGAAGAGCUGGGCGCCCGCAAUUUGACACAUCAGGAGAAGCAACGUUGAUCACUACACACGACGCGCUGCAGCGGUAUCUCGACAAACUAGUCCGUGCUGUUCCGAUCGAAUCCAACUUUAUCAAACAACUCCCAGAUCAUCUAAACGCAGAGGUGGUCGGAGGCACUGUCAGCACGUUGAGGGAGGCAGCAGCCUGGUUGAAGUACACAUAUCUUUACGUCAGAAUGCUACGAAAUCCUCUCGCUUACGGCAUCAAUGCCGAUCAAUUUGCAGAUGACCCUCAACUGAACAAUCGAUGUUUUGAAUUGGUCAAGGACGCGGCUAAACUCCUGGACUACAAUCGCAUGGUUCGCUUCGGCGAAGACUCCGGCAAUCUCAGCGUCACGACAAGAGGGAGAGUUGCCGCCCACUUUUACAUCAACGCCGAAAGUGUCUCCGUUUUCAACGAAAUGUUGGAAAACAACAACUCACCAAGUGAUUCUCAUCUCGCCAGAGUGGUGUGUUCGGCAGAUGAGUUCAAGAAUAUGAAGCUACGCCAAGAGGAAUUCAGCGAGCUGGAAACCCUGGCAAAAACGACUUGCCCUCUCCAGAUGCAUCAAGCAUAUGCUGACGGCGAGAAUCAAAGCCUUGUCCACAGCGAAGUCGACAAAUGUUUCGUUCUGAUGCAGGCCUACGUCUCAAGACAUCGCAUUAAAAGUUUCACGCUUGUUACUGAUAUGAACUACCUGGCUUCGAACGCCGCAAGGGUGGCUCGGGCGAUAUUUGAAAUGUGUAUCAGAGAAGGUUUGGCAAGUCAGGCGCUAAAGCUCUUGCGGAUUGCCAAGAGCGUCGACAACCAGAUAUGGUGGUUUCAAACACCCCUGCGUCACUUUGAAGGAGAAUUGCAGAAUGGCGUUUUCGCUGCGCUGGAAAACCAGACAAAAGGCUCUUACGACUCUUUCGAAUCUACCCUGAACCUGUUGGACAUGUCCGCGAAUGAAGUGGGACAGUUCUGCCGCUGGUAUAAGGGUGGAGCAAAGAUACAGCGCCUUGUCAAGAUGCUCCCCAGGCUUGAAAUUAACUGCAUGGUUCAACCAGUGACUAGCAGUGUCUUCCGAUUCCAUAUUGAGCUUCACCCUGUCUUCGAAUGGAGCCCCCGUUGGCACGGCGGUGCCCAAUCCUUCUGGCUGUGGGUCGAAGAUUCGGAUCACAACAAAGUCUACCACCACGAGCACAUUGUCUUCUCCAAGCGCACCUAUCCCGAUCCUGUCACUCUGGACCUCUCAAUCCCCGCGUUUGAACCACUGCCGAGUCAGUACUUUGUCAGAGUCGUCUCAGAUACUUGGGUAGCCGUCGAAAAGCUACAUCCAGUUUCGCUUCGGGAUAUCAAGCUGCCGAAACAAAAGACACCAUUCACUGAUUUGAUGGAUCUCACUCCCUUGCCGACGACAGCCUUACAGGAGCCAAACUACGAGAACCUGUACUCGAAGUUCGACACUUUCAAUCCAAUUCAAACUCAGUUGUUCCAUGUUCUCUAUCACACGGACUGCCCGAUCUUUCUUGGCGCACCAACAGGGAGCGGAAAAACUGCCGUCAGCGAAUUGGCAAUUCUGCGAAUGAAACGGUUGCACCCGAAGGCGUGUGUAGUUUACAUAGCACCUUUGAAAUCGCUGGCACGGGAGCGUUUGAAGGAGUGGAGACAACGGCUGGGCUCUGCACCCCUCAACUGGACCGUUUUGGAGCUCUCAGGAGACACCCGUCACGGAAAACGAGAUCUCGACAGAGCGGACAUCCUAGUUUGCACACCUGAGAAGUACGACCUGAUUUCAAGGGGUUGGCGAGAUCCAUCCAGCUUCACAAAACGAGUGCGUCUCCUUGUGAUCGACGAAGUUCACUUGUUGGGAGAAGAUCGAGGGGCUGUCCUUGAAGCCAUUGUCAGCAGAACUCGAUUUAUUUCGCAACAGAUGAUGCACGGUGUUUCGAAAGAUGAUCAUGCAAGGUCCGGAAACGGGCAGGCUGGCUAUGAGAUGACGAGAAUCAUUGGACUGUCGACAGCAUUGGCAAACCCAGGUGAUCUUGCUAACUGGAUGGGGGUUCCGACGGAUGGAUACGGAGCGAUUGCUCGACGUGGGUUCUACAACUUCAGGUCCUCUGUUCGCCCUGUCGGUAUGCGGGUUCACGUUCAAGGAUAUUCCGGGCAGCAUUAUUGCCCAAGAAUGGCAACCAUGAACAAGCCGUGCUACGCAGCGAUCAAAGACCAUGCUCCAGGCAAGCCCACUCUGAUAUUCGUAGCUUCGCGACGACAAACUAGGUUAACAGCUUUCGAUAUCAUAAGCUACGCCGCCGGUGACGAAAAGUCGAAAAUGUUCGUGGGGUGUUCGGAAGAGUACAUCGAUUCUGUUGCAGAGCAGAUCCGUGAUGAAGCGCUUCGGCACACAAUCACUUUUGGCAUUGGCCUCCACCACGCUGGCUUGGCUUCAUCCGAUCGAGAUAUUGUUGAGAGACUUUUUCUCAAUGGAGACAUCUUGGUCCUGGUUGCGACAGCGACACUUGCAUGGGGAGUCAAUCUACCCGCCCAUCUCGUUAUUGUCAAGGGUACAGAGUACUUUGAUGGCAAGACAAGUAGGUAUGUGGAUUAUCCCCUGACGGAUGUCUUGCAGAUGAUUGGUCGCGCGGGAAGACCCGGCUUCAGCGACGAGGGAAAGGCGGUGGUGAUGGCCAUGGAGGCGAAGAAACCUUUCUAUAUGAAAUUCCUCUACAGUCCAUUUCCUGUGGAAUCUUGUCUGCGGGAGCGUCUGUGUGAAAACCUCAAUGCCGAGAUUGCUAUUGGCACAGUAAACUCUGCCGUUGAUGCUGUCGGAUAUCUUUCAUGGACGUUUUUCGCUCGACGUGUGCGGGCCAAUCCUUCAUACUAUGGGGCCGAGGCAGAUACUGGCGAAGGCAUUGAGCUCUUCCUCCUUUCAGUUGUAAAGGAUACAAUCCAGAAACUCAAGGGUCAUGCAUGCAUUUCGACAGAAGGUGAUGACGAAGAGGCCCCUAUAUCGGCCACCGUUCUUGGCUUGGCGGCUAGCAAGUACUACUUGCUCUGUGGCACUCCAAAGCAGAUGCAGUUUGGAGUGCGAGAAGCGCGCAAGAUGAUUCUGAAUUGCCUCGAGAACGAACAGCAAGACCAAUUGAAUCAGUUGAACACUCUGGCACCAUUUCGCCGUUCCGAGCGGGUGGAUGAAAUUUCACUCGCAUGGUUACUGUACACUCUUUCGUCAACUCAUGAGUUUGACGAGUUGCCAGUCCGUCACAACGAGGAGAUUUUGAACGAAGAACUGAGCGACGAUCUGAUGUGGGGACCAGACACCCAGAGUCUUCUUUCUGGCGACCGAAACCAAUACCGCAACCCUGAAAUCUUUGAAGACCCCCACACCAAGUGCUUUUUGCUUCUGCAAGCUCAUUUGGAAGGCGCCCAGCUGCCGAUAAGCGACUACCUCAAUGACACUAAAUCAGUCAUUGAAAACAUGCCCCGUCUCUUGGCGGCGAUGCGAUUCAUUGCGACGGAUGACAGGACUACUGUGGGCACGAUGGAUCUCAUUUGCCAGUUUACUCGUGCGAAGCAGUACUUGGCGACAAUGUCUCUGCCAAAGGACGACCCUGUCGUUCAACUGCCGGGGGUUACUGCUGAGUCCGCACGUCGAUUGGCAAAGGGCAUGACAACAAAAGGCAACAAUCCACUCGUUCGCGAGCUGCGCUCCAUGGACCGAACGGAGGCAGCAAAGGUGCUCAACCGAGUUUUACGCGGCAAGAAUAUGCAAGAGAAUGCUUUGGAUUAUCUCCACAGCAUUCCAGUUUUCUCUGUGGCCGAAUCAUCGGUACACCACGAAGUGGACAAGGGUUCCGGAAGGAGCCGCGGCAAGCUAAAGUUGUCGCUUGAAUUUCAACGAGAGAAUAAGCCGGCGCGCAAGCGCAAGGGUCCACGCAACCGUAACAAGGACGAUUCUUCCUACACGUUGGUGUUGGUUCUGGGCAGUUUAACGCAGCGCAUGGUUCUUUCAGAAGCCUCCAUGUCAGUACCACCAUCCAAAGGAACUUGGAGUUCCUCCAAAGAGCUUGACUUUGACUGGGAUGCUGCCAAUGCUGACGGCGGCCAAGAGCAGGGCCAGAUGAUACUGAGAUUGAUCUGGGAAGAGGUCCGUGGCUUUGAUUCGGAACUGUUGGUUUCCUUAAAGUAA